AUCGAAUAGAAGCUGCCUUGCAAUCCCCUCCGUAAAGUAAAAAACUCUCCCCUUCUCUCUUUCUUUUCCUUCUUCAAAUAAUACAACAUCUACAACUGACUUUUCCACCCUGCACUGCAAACCCUCAGUAUUCAUUACAUCGCCUUCUCCACACGGCGAAAAUUAAAUUCCCACUAAAAACAGAGGUAUUUAACUGCAUUAUAUGAUCCAUGGUUUGCUUUGAAAGUCAUGAUAGAUUCGUUUCACUUCCCAUUUAUCUCCUCAUCUUGUUGGUAUUAUCAUGUCCUAUGAUUCCAAAUGCGGCAGCGCUGCCAUCAAAUCCCGAGAAUCGGAUCCGGUACCCACGUCCAAGUAUUAGCCCAGCAAUGGCCAUUAUCAUAGUGGUUCUCAUAGCUGCCCUGUUUUUCGUUGCACUUUUCUCGAUUUACAUCCGCUACCGCAUCUCCACUAACGGUAACAGCAUCCUCCAAACACUUUCCACGCGCCGCCGCCCUUCUGCUGCAACACGUGGACUCGACAAUUCGGUCAUCGACACUUUCCCCACCUUUGCAUACGCCGAAGUGAAGGAUCAUCAUAUUGGCAAGGGUGGUUUGGAGUGCGCAGUAUGCUUGAACGAGUUUGAAGACGACGAAAAGCUGCGGUUGAUCCCAAAGUGUGAUCACGUGUUCCACCCUGAAUGCAUCGGUGCUUGGCUCAAGUCUCACGUCACUUGCCCCGUUUGUCGAGCUGACCUUACUACUCCUCAACCUGAUGUUAAAGCCCAGGAGGUACUAAACCGUGAUCAAGAAGGGACAGAGAAUCUGCAGCAAAAUAAGGAAGUUUCAAUACAAAUAGGGAGUGAUGAAAAUUUAACACAGCAAGAGGAGACCUCUAGUGUUAAGCGAUUGAGUUUCGACGUGCCGAACCGGCCACCAAGAUCGUUUUCUAUAAAGAGACCAAAGAUGCUGAACAAGUUUAGGUCACACUCGACUGGCCAUUCAUUGGUGGUACCUGGGGAGAAUUUGGACAGGUACACUCUCAGAUUAUCAGAGAAUGUUAGAAAAGAGGUAAUGAACCGGGCACUACUAAACCGGACAAAGAGUUGUGCAGUCACUUUACCAAGACAUGGUAGCACUAGAAGAGAGUACAGAAAAGGUGCCGGGGAGGGAAGCAAUAACGAAGUCUCAAUACAAAUAGAGAGUGAUGAAAAUUUGAUGGUACAACAAGAGGAGACCUGUAAUGUUACGCGAAAUUUGAGUAUCAACAUGCCGAAGCGGCUACCAAGGUCGUUUUCUAUAAAGAGACCAAGGACGUUGAGCAGGUUUAGAUCACACUCGACCGGCCACUCAUUGGUGAUAACGGGGGAGAAUUUGGACCAGCAUACUCUUAGAUUACAGGAGAAUGUUAGGAAAGAGGUAAUGAACCGGGCAUUGCUGCUGAACCGGACAAAGAGCUGCGCAGUCACUUUAUCAAGAUAUGGUAGCACUAGAAGAGGGUAUAGAACCGGAAAUGGAGAAGGAAGAAAGAUUGUACCACCGUUCUUUACUAGAGGUCCAUCGAUGAAGUCACCGAAAAUAAUGGCUGAUAUCGAAGAGGGGUCCACUUCACGCAGUGUGAAAAUGGCAGUCAAAAUGCCGUCGUUCAAAUGCUUGGAGCCAAAAGGUGAUGAAGCCAGUUUGCUGACAAAUGAGUUGGCUUGAACUCUAGUUUAAAAAACUCAAGCCUGUUUAGUUGAAAGUCAUCAACCAUAGCAUGAUCCAUACUAGUUUUGUUGCAAAGUACAAUGCCAAAAGUUGAAAUUCAAGAUUGUCCAUUUCUAGAAAUUCUUUAAAAUGUUGAUUAAUUGUUUACGAACAAAUAAUUUUCAACUUUUUGGUUUUUGCGGGGUUAGAGGAGGUUCAAGUGUGUUUUUCUAGUUGGUGGUUUUAGUAAUUGAGACACAUUCAAUGAUGUAAUUAUGUUUUUGGUUCUCGGUUUCAUUCUUCAAUGCAAUUUUAAGACAAGAAAAUAGAAAAGC